AAAUAAAAGAAAAAAAAAUGAUCGCCUCUCCCACCCAUUUCUCCCCCGUCUCGCAUUCCAUCGCCCACUCGAUCAGCCGCAGCCGCAGCCGCGAACCCUAGGCGGCGUCGCUGGAUCGGGAGAUGAGAUCCCUCUGGUGGUCUACACCCACCCCGUCCUGAGCUCGCUCUCGCUCCCGCGCUGUCUUCGGUGAGUUGCUGGAGUUGAGUUAGACAAUGGAUCUGGAGACGGAGAAUCAUCUUGCUUCUUUACUCCUUGAAGAGGCACGGAGAUUGCAGUUAGAGGCUGACAGGGAAGGUGUUCACGCGUAUCUGCGAAAGCCCAAUGUAAGGCAUCGCCUGAAUUCACGGUUCCUCACAGCCACAGUUCGUGGAGUUCAACAAGCAAACCGAGUUGUAGAGGUCAAUAAAAUGUGGCGAGCAAGGGAGAAGGAACUUGAAUUGGAGUCUAAGACAAAAAGAAGAUCUAUUAAUCGUGGUGACUCUAGAGGUAAAAAACGCAGGAGUGAUGUAAGAAACCAGAGCUCAAGUCCAAGGAUGGAACAAGAUAGCACUUCUUAUAAUAGUUCUUACUUGGACCUGGAGGGUGCUCUAGGGGAUGAUGAAAUAGAGAUGUUCCUUCAUUCGAGGGUGAAGAGAGGACGAGGGGCCGUUGGUUCUAGGAUGGAUGAGACCGGUCCAUAUCUUAAUGCUUCAUCACGUAGUCAAGACAACGUACCUAGUCUUGAUAUAAGGGUGGAAGAAAAAUGGGAACUCCAAGUACAAGGCCCAGAGAGGCCACUGUCUUUGAGAUUCCAAUCCACAGAUGAUUAUUGGCAUAGGGAAACAAUGGAUGGCGAACCAUCCAUCUCUGGGAAACACAUGAAAAAAAGAAAGAAAAAGGAGAGCAAUUCAGAGAAAAAAGAUAAGGAAGAGAGAAGGAAGAAACAUGAAAAGAAAAAAAUCUAAGCAUCAUCGCUCCUGCCACUAUCACAGAAGCCGGCGAAGAGAAUGAUAGGUCUCUUGCUGAGGAACAAAAAAUUGUAUUGACAGUUCUUGCGACAUUAGAUAAAGUUAUAGUUGGAGGUAUAUACUAGUAUUGUGAAUUAAUAUGAGAUUCGUUUACCUCUUAGCUAUUCCCAAGGACGAGAAAUACACACAGAAGAAGGGGUUCAUCCCUGACCCUGAAAGUGACUAGAAUGUUUCACUUGAAACAUGUAUUGUACGGAAAGCUUAACGUUGUGCAUAAUGAAAUGCUGUUUUUAUUGUACAGAUUGUUGAUACAAAAUCAUAGGUUGCUUUCAGUUCUCUUUUUUAUAUAAUGCAUAUAACAUGAUUAAUAAACAUAUACAUAAGUGUUAUCUUUUUUGGCCUAAUACCUAAAACAUGAUUAACAUGGCAGAAGUGCUUUCUUUUUGCCUGUCGCAUGAUCAAUAUUCUUGUUUUUUAUGAGAUUCUCUUGGAUUGUUAAACAUUGUUUAAGCAUGUGUUCAGAAUCUUUGCAGAGCAUGAUUAUGCAGUGUGACGAAAAUGAUGAAAUUUCUCCAACCUGAAUUCUGACAGGCACUGUCCUUAAGGUACUUAGCUUACAUCAAAAGUUGUAUCAACAUAACAAUAAGCAGAUGGCUUUAGAAGUUGCUUGUCAAGCUGCUGUCAUCAUAUGCCUUAAAGAUUUCAAGUGGUAAAGAAAUAUUGUUUCACCUUAAUCACAAUUUUUUUUCCUGGAGAUGUUUGUGGCAGCAGCAUUCAAUUUAGGGAUAAUCUAGUUUGAACUGGUUAUAAGUCUAGUUUAGUUGCCAGUUCAAUCAGAUAUGAAUCAUGUUUGGCUCAUAUGGAUAUAUACUCAUAAUUAUUUGAUGUAAAAGCUUUUUCGUUGAAUUAGAAACAAAACGCACAAAGAGUAACUUAUAUCAAAGUGCAACUUAUGCACAUUAACUUGUCAUGAAGGUUACUUGAGCCAGUAAUAGUAAUCUAGUCACUGUAUUGUGCAAGUGCAACUCCAGAACCACAGCAAAAUAUGACCCAUCUUCUGAGGAUUGAGGUAUGAUGACAAAAGCGGAUUGCGGCACAGCCAUUGGCACCAAUGGAUAAAAAAAACUCAUUUGUGUUUUCUUGGUUAGCUAAGCUAUUAAGGGGAUAUACAACAUCACACCUCUUCACCAUGUCUUUGUCAGGUCAUUCAUUACCAAAAUGUGAAGAAAACAUCUUUUGUUGCCAUGUGACUGCCCUCACCAUGAGGACACUAUGUCUGCCCUACAAAGCAAGGUACGGUUCCGUUCAUUCCUCUACUGCAUUAAAAAUUAUACAUAACUAAAUUGAUAUGGAAAAGGAUGCAAAAGAAGUGAAACAUUUGCCCUCACAUAUGGGACAAUGGCAUGCUUGUUUUUUUUUAUAGUUUCUAGUUUGUGGAAACAAAACAAAAACAGAGCUGUACUUUAUGUUGUACGGAAAAACAAAAGAAAAAAAAUCUAAGUUGCUGCAGACAUAGUCAGUAUGGGCUGUUUUUGUACAAAUUUGUUGUCAUGUUGCUAGAAUGCUAGUGCUCAGAUCUAUACUUUUAUUGAAGAAAUGUCUCUUUUGUUUACUGGUAGUUUUCAUAUUGAACUGUUUCUGAUGAUAUACCAUGCAUCCCUCCUCCAAAGUAAUGAUCUCCUUUUUCACAUCAACAAAAAAAAAAUUGAGUCAUCAUUAAUAAUGCAAAAAUAACAUCUCUUUUUUUUACAUAUUGCUUUUAGAGAAGUUUUCAAAGGGGUAAGGGGACAUGAUUUUUUUUAAAAAAAUGCAGACAGGGGCAUAAAAUUAUCGGCUUGUGUAAUAUUAUUUUGACAAAGGACUCCAGUUGAAACUAAGAGCAAAUAUCUCUAGGCAGACUAGGCUUCACAAACUAAAAUGCAUAAGCUCUUUACUUUUAGAACCUGAGUGGUUUUGUUUAGAACAGAAAUGCAAGGUACUUUCCAUGAGUAUUCUUCUUUCAAUUAAUAUUGGUUGACAGGAACAUUGGAAAGUAUAAUGACACAUUUUUCUUGCACGUACACUUGAAUGGUUGGAAUACUUCAGUCGGCAAAACCAGUAUGCGUGGCCAGAACAAGUACGAGUGACAUAAUUACAUAACUAUUGAAUUCUACCCAGAUGACCAUUUGCUUCCAGUCUUCACUAUCAACUCAUUCAUUUUCUCCCCAAAGACUACUUCCAGACAAUUAAUUGUCAUUUCUAGACAUGACUAUAUCAAUUUGCAGCUCCAAAAAAAAUCAGAGAGAAUAAGCUAUAUAAAGCCACCCCCAGAGAUCUCAUGGGAGCCAAGACAAGCCACAUUGAGCAAAACUCAAUUGCCCCUGAGUUUGUUUUCGCUGUCUUCCUUGCUUUUUGUGUCCAAAUCCAGCCUAGAAAGUUUUAAAGUUACAACCAUAGAUUAUAGAAUAUGGCUCAAUUCAUUAGCCAAAUCACAACGGAGGUUGCGCCAUCGAAGUUGUCAUCGAUCAUCAGGCGUGCUAGGCUCCUGACAAUGCUUGACACCAUCACGGAGGAUGACAGAGAGGCCAUGGAAUCACCAAGGGCUCCUCCUCGCAGAACAAGCUACGACAAGGAAUUUGGUGGCACCUCGGUGCACUGCACUAACAAGGAGGUCCUCCUCGCCCCAAUGGUGAAAGUAGGGUAUUUGAAGAUCAAGGCCUAGUUUGAUAUAUAGGAGAGAUGGAGUUUCAGGCUGUCUAAUCUUGCUCUCCUUUUGUUUUGAGCAGAUAGCAUCUAUGAACUUUCACGAGUCCUUUUGUUUUCUCUACAUUAGAUUUACUAGUUUACUCCAUGCAGUACCAAGAGAGGGAGAGAGUUGUUGCUCAGUGUCGAGUAAAGCUGCUCAUGUUGGACCAGAAAGUAUUGUGCAGCCUUGAAUAAAUGUUGUCUGUUUCAUGUUGUAAAAGCUAGUACUGUAAUAAUGCUGUUUUUUGGUUUCUGCCCCUUUUAUACAGUGUAAGGUGAAAAUAAGACUUAAAUGGUGAAGCAAUCCUAUUUCAGAAA